UCAUGAAGUUGGCGCAUUGAAAAUCACAAAGCGUUUCUUUUAGACGAUUACUUCAUCAAGGUUAUUACAACAGGUCAACUCCGUAGAUUCUCUACUCCUAACUUUGUUUUUAAUAACGAUUGAAAGUUUACAAAGAAAAUGGCGAUUCACUAUAUACUUCGGGCUGUUAUUAUAUUGCUAGGAAUUUUGCAUAAAACCGAAGGAGCUGGUCAUACUUGGUCAUACGAGGGAACAAACGGCCCAUCGUUUUGGAAGACCAAUUAUCCAAUAUGCAACCAACAGACCCAGUCCCCCAUCGAUCUGCCUCCUAUAGCAAGCAUGACGUAUGAUAGCAACCUCGAUCCCUUCACGCUCCAUGCCUUCGACAAGCCGGGCUCCAUGUACAAUCUAACAAUGCUAAAUAAUGGACAUACUGUUAAAGUGAACGUUGAAAAUGGCGCAUCCGUGAUGGUAUCUGGCGGAGGCUUGGCUCACUCCACUUACAAAGUAGCACAGUUCCACUUCCACUGGGGGAGCAAUGACACCAGAGGCUCGGAACACACAUACAAUGGACUGUCCUAUCCAAUGGAGCUUCAUAUUGUGACCUAUGACAGUCGUUAUGUUUCCCUGGGUGAAGCUGUCGACAAAAAUUCAGGACUGGCUGUUCUUGGUUUCUUUUUUGAAAUAAACGACGAUGCUAACUGCAACUAUUCGCCUUUAGUAGAUGCCAUGACAAAUGUCGAAUAUUAUGGUGGGAACAAUUUCAAGAUGUCCGGAUUCAAACUGCGCCAUCUGAUGCCAAUGAUGUUCGGAAAUUACUUCCGGUAUGACGGAAGUUUGACCACGCCCCCAUGCUAUGAAUCAGUACAAUGGACUGUAUUUUGGCAAAAAAUUCCAAUAUCCACAGCACAGAUGGAGAAGUUUAGAAAGCUGUACACCGAUUCCAGUAAGGCUCAUUCCAUAUCCAAUAAUUACCGACCUGUGCAAGCUCUGAACGACAGAACCGUCACCACAAACAUGAAACUUCCGGAAACCACUUCCAGCUCAUCCGAGCUGUUCAGCAACAUUUCCGCACUCGUUUUUGUAUCAGUAUUUACAAUAUUUAAGCGUUGGUUUUGAUAUUAGUAUGGAUUAAGUAAAAUCAGUUGAAAACGCAACAUGAGAAUAAUUAUUCGUGUUCACCAUGGGUAUAUUUAUAUCGGAUACUAACAAGCCUGGGUCAUCGGUUUUGACUCGGUGACUGUUAUUAUAAGCAGAAUUUGACGAUGGAAACACAGAUUUUAUAUAUGAUUGAGGGAGAAUUUUAUACCAUUAUCUGUACGCAAACUGAUUGAAAUGGAAAAAAAAAACCUCGCAAUUUCUAAAACUUUGCAUUCUCAUGAACGCAUUCUGCUUUGAAGUUACCACGCUCAAAGUUCUACUUAUAUUUUGUGCAGUUAGGCGGUCCUUGAUUUCUUUUGAUACUUACUUUGGGCUUUAUGCUCAGUGAACAUCUGUAUGUGAAAUAUGUUGGGAACUGCAACCAAAUCUAUUGCGAGGUAAUACCCUAGAUUUGUAUAGAUGACAUUACAUAUUUAUGCGAGUAUCAAAGAAAAGUAGUACAAGGACAAAUGCGCAUGCACACUUUGGCAGUGAUUUGUCAAUAACUCCCAUUAUCUCCGCGCUGAAUAGGCUUGAUCAUAAAAUGAUAGUAAAUUGUUCGAAACAUAACACCCGUAAAAAGUCUAGACAGGAAACGCUUAUUUGUAAAGCAUUACACCGGUACAUGUACAUUUUGGCAGUGGCUUUGUAUGAAAAUGUAACUUUAUUAUCUCAACGAUGAAUAAGCAAGACAAUUAUAAAUAGACAGCAAUCUGUCCUGAACAUGCAACGCUUUAAUACUCCAUGUCCUGAAAUCGUAAAGCUAUACAUACACGGUCGAUUAUGAUCGCAUCCCUUCAGGUCCUUGGCAUAUAACUUGGUACAAAGUUAAGUUUUUUUUAUGAUAGCCAGUUUUACAUCUGUCUUUAAUAUCCUAUAUAAUGGAAAUAAAUACGAGUGAAAUUUU